AUGACCAGGAACAUCAUCCGUGGACAAGUCUUUCAAAAGGCUCUGGCGGGCUAUCCCAUCUCCUACGUCGAUCUAUUCGGCCGCUUUGAAUCCUACUCCUUCUUGAGCGCAGAAGGUGCUCCCGCGUCGCAUUUUGAAGACAUCACCGCCCAGCCAAUCUUCCAAACAUUCCACUCGCCGUUUCCGAUGAUUGCCGCCGGAGGCGUGAACGCAUUUGGCGACAGUUGCCCACUCUCCAAUCUUUCCGACCCGGCAUACGAGUUCAACCCGUACGAGUUUGGCUCGUGGGAGAAGGGCAUCUCUGCAUUUGUCAACAUCACCUAUCUUGGAUCUCAGCCAUAUACUGGUGCGGGAACAUGUGUCACCGGCUACGACAACACAGGGUUUGCCAUUGCCACAUCUGGUAACGUGCUCGGCCUGAACUGUACGGAAUUCAACGCCAAGCUGCCCACCAUCUUCGCGGAGUACAACGUGUCGCAUCAGCUCGCGGAGUUGUUGUUCCCGUCGAACAGAAGCCUCUUCGCACGCUACCCAAAUCCCUUCUACAAUUCCUCAUCCUCCCCCAAAGUGAGCGAGUAUCCCAACAUCAACAUGGUCGACGGCGGCCUGGUCUCCGACGUCGCCAUCACGCCCCUCCUCUACCGUGACGUCGACGUGCUCUUCGUCUCCGACAACUCCGGCGAGACAACAGACGGCUAUGUCAACGGCACGAAUCUGCACGGCACCUACCUACGCGCGCAGCUCAACAAUCUCACCCGCAUGCCGCCCGUGCCCGAUCCGCCGACGUUUGUCCAGCACGGCUUCGGCAACCGAAACGUCUUUUUCGGCUGCAAUACGACCGACACCAUCACGCUGGUGUACAUGCCUAAUCGAGACGUCGUGUACCCUUCAAACUACGGUCGCACCCCGGAUCCGAUGGGUGACGAGGUGCUGUACGGGCUGUUGGAUGAUGGCCGGGCUAUUGCGUCGAAUAACAGGACGGCGGAUUGGGCCGAGUGUGUGGGUUGUGCGAUCAUGGGGAAGAUGGCUGGCACGUUGCCGAACUUUUGUGGUGCCUGCUUCAGGAAAUAUUGUGCGGUAUGGUAG